CACAACACGACGGCAUUUUCACGCAAUUUUUUAUCCGUUCAGCCGCAGCGCACGGAGUGUAGUGUAUUUAUUAUAAGGCAAAGGAUUCCUAGUCGAAUCGCUGCUAAGACGUAAAGCAUGGAAAACCUUACGCUAAGCGAGCUGUACACGUCGGAGAAACGGGGCAAUGAUGAAACGGGCAAGGGCACGGAUCAAGAGCCCUUCAAAACGAUUCUCCGGGCGAUGAAGCACGCCGGAAAGGAACCAUUUCCCACCAUCUACGUCGACAGCAAGGACGAAAAGUCAGAAUCGCCGUACGAGGUCGCGGCCAAGUCGCAGCUUAAGAAAAUCCAGAAACUCUGGGUACGGGACAACAUGAAGGGAGACAAGCAGAAACGCGAGGAAGAAGAGAAGGCAAAGAAUCGCGAGCAGAAUCUGGAGGAGGCCAAAAAAAUAACCAUCCAGGAAGAUCCAUCCUGGCCGACCGCUAAAUCGAUUAAGAUCACGAAGGGUGCCGAACACCGGGGCGUGCGUGUGCGCAUCUACGGAUGGGUCCAUCGGUUACGGCGACAGGGAAAGGGCUUGAUGUUCAUAACGCUACGCGACGGAACCGGUUUUCUGCAGUGCGUGCUUACGGACAACCUCUGCCAGACGUACAACGCGCUCGUUUUAUCGACGGAAUCGUCAGUGCAGCUGUUCGGCACGCUUAAGGAGGUUCCGGCCGGUAAAACCGCGCCUGGUGGCCACGAACUGCACGUGGACUACUGGGAACUGGUCGGGCUGGCCCCAGCCGGUGGUGCCGAUGCCAUUCUGAACGAGGAAGCGCAUCCGGACGUGCAGUUGGACAACCGCCACAUAAUGAUCCGCGGUGAGAACACUUCAAAGGUCCUGAAGAUGCGCGACGUCGUCAUGCAGGCGUUCCGCUCGCAUUACUUUGACCGGGGCUACACGGAGGUCACCCCACCAACCCUCGUCCAAACGCAAGUGGAAGGAGGAGCCACCUUGUUUAAGCUGGACUACUUCGGUGAGGAAGCCUUCCUGACGCAGAGUUCGCAGCUGUAUCUGGAAACGUGUAUACCGGCGCUGGGAGAUGUGUUUUGCGUAGCGCAAAGUUACCGUGCGGAGCAGAGCCGAACCCGGCGUCAUUUGGCCGAAUACACCCACAUCGAAGGUGAAUGCCCGUUCAUUACCUUCGAUGAUCUACUCGACCGGCUCGAGGAUCUCAUCGUGGACGUUACCGAGCGGGUGCUUAAAUCACCGUGGGGCUACAUGGUACAAGAGUUGAACCCGGGAUUCGUACCGCCUAAGCGACCCUUCCGUCGGAUGAACUACGCGGAUGCGAUCGUCUGGCUGAAGGAGAACAACGUCACCAAAGACGAUGGCACGUUCUACGAGUUCGGCGAGGAUAUCCCCGAAGCUCCGGAGCGGAAGAUGACGGACACGAUCAACGAGCCGAUAAUGCUGUGUCGCUUCCCGGCGGAAAUUAAAUCCUUCUACAUGGCCAAGUGCGAGGACGAUCUGCGCCUGACGGAAAGUGUCGAUGUGCUGCUACCGAACGUUGGCGAGAUCGUUGGCGGAUCGAUGAGGUCCUGCAAGUACGACGAACUGCUGGAGGGGUACAAACGCGAGGGAAUCGAUCCGAAACCGUACUACUGGUACGUGGAUCAGCGCGUGUACGGCACACAGCCGCACGGUGGCUAUGGGCUGGGACUGGAGCGAUUCCUCUGCUGGUUGCUUAACCGUUACCACAUCCGUGAGGUUUGUUUGUAUCCGCGAUUCCUCGAGAGAUGCAAACCAUAAAUCUCUGGCAGGAAUUUCCCCCCAUUGGAGAACGUAUGGCAAACAUAACCGAAACGAGCAAAUGGGUGUUUGCCAGCUCGCGCCCGCCACUUACUGUUCGGAUUUCGCAUUUAGCAGCAACUGCUUUAAUGUUCAGUAAAUAAAGUUUACAGCCUACAGCAACAACCAACCCGAUUAAUAGUAUUUCGAAACGCGAUUGCAACAUCUCACUAUCAUGUGUGCUUCAGAUCUGGUUCAUUAUUACCAGUAA